GGUACUGCCCUACCAGGAAGAAGAGGACAACACAGACGUUAGCACUCGGGUUAUUCCAGAGGAUCACCCUUUUUUAAUCAAAUACAGGAACCAAGUUGAGGAGGCAAAGAAAGGAGGAAACCAUUUCAUUCCAGGCAUCUGUGUGCCAGAAUGGACAGCCAGGAGGUGGGGGAUUUACUGGAGGAUUGCCUCAGAGCAGCUCGACUAUCCACCCACUCCACUGAGGCUGAGAGGCUGGACUUCUGUCUCUGCAGAGGUCAGACACAAGAUGACUCGCUGUGUGCAGAGCUGGCCUCUCUCCUGCAGGAUUCAAUGGAAAUGAAGUGGCCAUUUGUGCCGGAAAAGUGGCAAUACAAGCAGUCAGUUAGUGCCGAUGACAAGACCAACCUCAGUGACCUCAUCAGCACUCACCUGACGCAGCUACUGGCUGUUCUAAAGGCCUCCAUCGUGGCUCAGGAGGCAGGCACGGCACUAUCGGUGGUCUUCUUAGUCGACCGCUUCCUCUACUGGACAGAUGAGUCGAGUCGGCUGCUGAAGAUCACCAAGCUGCUCCACAAACACCACCCUGACACCCCUGUGGCCCCCCAGCUGGUCAUACGACAGGCUAGGGUCUACUUAAACUCUGGCAAACUACAGAAGGCAGAAUACAUACUGAGCAGUCUGAUUAACAACAGUGGGGCCACAGGUUGUUGGGUGUACCACUCUGAAAGUGACAGGGCUCUUGUGCAGGCUGUGAGUGUUCAAGUGCGGGGAAUGAUUUUGCGAACGCUAGGCCUGUGGCUCGAGGCAGCAGAGCUAAUCUGGGCCUCUCUGGUUGGCUACUAUGCACUUCCUCAACCUGAUAAAAAGGGAAUUGGAGCCUCUCUCUGUAUACUGGCCAACAUAUUGGUGUCUAUGAAUGAGCAGGACUUCAAUGCUUUUAGGACUAGCCCAGAUAUUGAUUUAUCUUUACUUGGGGACAGGAGUCAUCGUCUUCUAUCAGCAGCUCAGGCAGCUAAGAUGGCGGUGGUUUACAGUCAGUACACUUCACUCUACGUGUUGACCAAUGUGGCCACUCAAGGGACCUGCUUGUUAUCGUACAGUUUCUCAGUGGAGUGCCCUGCCACUCAAAGGCAGUCUUUCCUCCUGCAAGCUAAAGAGGCAUUUUCAAUAGGCCUGCUCACCAAAGCAGAGGGGGAGCUGGUCACCAGUAAACAGGAGCUUCACACGUUCCUCAAAGCUGCGUAUUCUCUCACUGUCACUCACAAAUGGCUUGGAACUCCUUCGUUGGUUGUGGCGAAGGCAACUGAAGCUUGCCAAAAAGCUUUAGCACAUUUUUACGAUUACUCCAACGCAGAAACGCAAGAUAAAGACAGUCUGUGUGGUGAAAUCAUGCAGCUGGUCGCCCAAGUCAAGCUUCUCUUGCGAGUGGAUCCUUUCAACAAUUCAGAGAAGGGGUCUUUUAUUCCCGACAGCUACAGGAACAUCGAAGACACAUCGGUGGAUUUCACCCUGGAAGGUUUCGCCAAGGUGAUGCAGAAAUUCCAAAAGUAUCAUGCGUCACUGUGCGACACAACCAACACAAACUGUAAGGGGACCAAAGAUGGGGUGACGUUAUGUAUAACUGCACUGGGGACCACCAUUGGUACAGAAUGUGGCACAGAGGCCUGCAAAGUACCACCCAAAGGAGAGGAGCCACAACAGGGAGGUUCAAGGUCAUCUGAUGGGCCCCCACCUCAAAAAUCUGACAUGUGUACCACUCUAGGAAGCACAGAUAACCUUGGCUCUUCGUGGCAGAACUUCUCCUUGAGUAGUUCAGGGUCUCCCAGGCCCAGAAACAGUGGCUUAAAAGGAAGUAAUGCCGUUGAAAGUGAAGCAAAUGCACGCCAUCAGAGCUGUCUGACCACUGAGGCUGAUGAUGACAAAGUGCUACAAAUCUCUACAGAAAACAAGAAGCGAGAGGUCAGUUGCAAAAUACCUGCCACUUCCUCCUCCAAUGCAAGUAGUGAUUCAGAGAAGUUUGAGUUGAUACAAGCUGGCAUCGAGACACUGGUCACUGAGGAAGAUUGGAUGAGUGAUGGUGGAGUGAUGCUUAAACCGUCAGUAGACGAAGGAGAAGUGCAAUCUUUAUCCCAGCUAGCUAUCAAAACCACCUCCAGCUCCCUUAGUGACAGUUUCGGUUCCCAGUCGUCAUGGGAGAAAAUUCCAGCUGACCUGAUCCCACCCACAACCGGAAGACCGCAGCCAAGCAGCCUGUCAAAAACAGGAACUGGCCAAAGCAGCAAGUCACCAGGGUCAGAUGGGAGCUUCUUCCUUUUGGAAACACUUGAUACCGAAAGCAAUGAUUCGGCUCGUGAUCCCACACACAAACACCCUGAGGAGAGCCUGAAUGUUGACCCAAAAAUGGAGACCGAAGUUGACUCUAUAGCAAACCCACACUCUAACCUUUCCCAGUUUGUCCCAGCACAGUGUGAAACCUCCACAGAGAGUUCAUUUGAGAUGCUGGGUGAUCCUCAAAGUGGACACCAAAGUAGCACUGAUGCUCCAGAUCUUCCUCAGGUGAAGAACCCCCUGUGCUUCAGCUGCCUGAGGAGCAGCCCUGUAGCUGCUGGUGUCCCUCAGAGUCAGUAUGUGUUGUCGCAGGAGGAUUACCAAGCCCUACUGGCCGGGGUUUGCCAUGCAUGUCUGCUGAAGAGACUUCACAGUGACAAGACACAAUUCAAACUCAAGACACACAGAUCUGCCCACAAUGCCCUUCAUUUGAAGUUCUCCAAGGCCACAGGAGUGUGGACAGCCAGAGAGACCUGUGUUUACAUCGGGGAGCCAAUGGGGAUACAGGGCAAGCAGAGAACAGCAAUAUGGGUGCAGUUCUUACACCAAGAGGAGAGGUUAAGCAGUUAUGUUGGGAAAGAUUACCUGAAGCCAAAGGAGAUCCAGUUCCACCUGAAAGAUGUGGAGAGACAGAUGACAGCCCAGUACUAUGUGACUGAAUUCAACAAGAGUCUAUACGACAAGGAAGUCAUGGCUCAGAUCUUCUUCAUUCCCUCCGAAGCACUUCUGAUUUUGAAUGGAGAUGAGAUUGCGGGCUGUGUAACAGUGGAGCCCUUCAUGCUUGGAGACUUUGUCAAACUGACCAACAACACAGGGAAGAAGGACAAGAGUUUCCAGGCUACAGAAUACGGCCUCGCUUUUGGACAUUUUACCUACCUGUUCUCUGACUGCCAGGAGGUUGUUGUCGACCUGCAAGGGUGGGUGACAGCCAAUGGAAAAGGGCUGACGUACCUCACUGACCCCCAGAUUCACUCCACCAAGACCCCCAAAGGACCCUCCAAUUUUGCUGACAGAGGCCUCAGGUACUUCCUGGAGGAGCAACAUGGACCAGAGUGCAAUGGCAUUUGCCAGCUGCUCAAACUACCUCGAGUGCUCAGACAGCCACAUGUUCUGCCUCAGAAACUCUGAGGAGUUGCCAAGAAAUUGACCUUUGUAUUACCUAAUCAGGUGAAGGUUUUAUAUAUAAGUUGUUUGGCUUAUUAAAUAUGAGUAACAUGCCAUUAAUAAAGUGACUGAAACUUGGUGCCACAUGAUUUAGCCAAAAUGAACCGAGUUACAAUCAUACAACUGAUAUUAAUUAUGUUUUUUUAUCUACCUGGUCCUAAUAACCUCAGACAUAAUACAUUAGCACACCUUUCUUGUAGAUAUGACUCGCAUACAACCAAUUUCCCCCCCCAAAAUAUAACUAUUUAAACAGCUGUACAACUUAGCAACGAGAUCAAAUCAACAAAAUUGUGAUUAUAGUUACAUUAAAUUAUCAUUGAGGUGGUUUAUUGUAUAAAAUCAUACCUUAGAAUUAACAUUUUGGGCAUUUCUUGUAAUUAUUUUCCACAGGGUUACACUGACUCACUUUUUGGAUUUGUCAAGUUAUUGCUAAAGCGCAAAUAUUUAGACACAAAUAAAGAAAUCAUGCAAUAAAUAAACUUUUGAUUUGC